AUGACCACCCCCAUCAGCACCUCCAAGACCUCCAUAUCCAGUGAGGCCAGCCCCACCAGCAGCUCAGAAUUCCCACUGAUAACAACAUCCCCUGCCCUCAGCAGCACUCUCAGCACUAAGCUGCCACCUGCUGCUCUGUCCACACACUCUACCUCACUGCCACCCUCCACACCAGAGCCCAUGCCUACAACCCUACAGCCCAAGCCUUCUUCUCCGACAACCAGUGCUCCAACAGAGACACCUUCACCUGUCUUCUCAACACUCUCCACAGCCAAAACCAGCCUACUGCCAUCAUCUGCAUCUUUUCCCUUUUCAACUGUGUCUUCAACAGCACUGAGCACACUGCAACCCUCAUCCACUCACAAAAUGACAACUGUGCCACCCAUUGUGCCUCCAGUCACCACAGAGAAGACUACUCCCACUGUGUCUGCCACCAGCACCUUUAAGACCUCCAUCUCCAGUGAGGCCAGCCUGACCAGCAGCCCAGAAGUCCCACUGACAACGACAUCCCCUGCUCCCAGUAUCACUCUCAGCACUAGCUUACCAUCUGCUGCUCCAUCCACACUCUUCUCCACAUUGCUCCCAACUUCCACACCAAAGUCCACGCCUACAACCCUAUGGCCCACGCUGUCUUCUCUAACAACCAGUGCUCCAACAGCGUCGCCUACACCUGCAUCCUCCACACUCUCCACAGCCAAAACCAGCCUACUGCCAUCAUCAGCAUCUUCUCCCUUCUCAACUAUAUCCUCAACAGCACUAAGCACAUCUCUUCCUGGUAUGUAUUCCUCCUGCUCUUCAAGCUGUAGUGUUUGCUCUUCCCAGUUUUGA